AUGAAAGUUGAACAUUCGUCAGGAACAUCGGCCUUAUCAGACCAGCAUCUUGUCCUCCGCCACCAUCUCUUCAUUGGUAUAACCAUAGAUGUUCAGAACGAUACCAAGAAACGGCCAGAGGUCGCUCCUGACGCUUUUCGUGUGAUGUUGACGGGAUUUGGACCAUUUAUGCACUACACUGAAAAUCCGUCAUGGCUAGCCGUGAAGCCAUUGCAAAACGUCGUCCUCCAGACCGGCGUGCUACCAGACAACACCCCACAACCAUCAUUUUCCACCACCUCGUCUAUCCCAACAUCAUCUUCGAACAUAACGCCCAUCUCGCAGGGCCCAAGCACACCACGUCCAAUCCAUAUCACAACCCUCCAGAUCCCCGUCCUCUACCACGCUGUGCUAGACAUUGUGCCGGGCCUACACGCCCGCCCACCGAUUCUCCCGCCCGAUGCCUCGGAAGAGUGUGCAGAGCCCCCAGACAACGCAUACGACUUCAUCUUCCACAUCGGCGUGGCCGGUCGGGGGCCAUUACGCAUGGAACGCCUAGGGCACAAGUACGGUUACCACAUGAAGGACGCGUCGGGCAAGCUCGCCCCCGUGGUGCGUGUGUCACCGAAGGACUUCACGCGGCACGAAGGGCCGAGUGUGAGCGUGGACGGAGUCGGCGUUGGGACCCUGUCGCCUCCGAUCAGUGCGGCGGAGAGCAUGGAGCGUGAGCGCCUUGGGAUGGAUAUGACCGAGUCCAGCGGAGACACUAUGGUGCGCCCGACGAGGGGCUUUGGAGUCAACUAUGAAAACUUCCAGGAAGAGUACACAACGCACAUUGACGUUACUCGACUUGUGCAGGACCUCAAACGGUCGGGAGUUGAGCAAAUAUACACUUCGAUGGAUGCUGGCCAUUAUCUUUGCGAUUUCAUAUACUAUUGUUCGCUAGCCGAGGUCAAGCGAUCCUCGAAACCAUACGAGAAACGUCGCAACACUCAAGUGCUCUUCCUACACUGCCCACCGGUCGGCCAGCCUCUCACAACCAAGGAGGUCACUGAUGCUAUCAAGAAAAUUAUCAUCUGGGUCUGCAGCGAGCAGCAGAUCGAUGACGAGAGGGACGAUGCUGUCGUCGCCGCAGGCUGA